CACACGCCACUGCUCGUCUUCUCCAAUCUCUCCAUUUCCUCAUCCUUUCUCCACUCCUCCUAUUCUCUAACAUGGUGUCUGCCAUGCAUUCUGCACUUGUUUCUUCUCCAAACUUCACCAAAUGUCCCAAGAACCAACUAUCCCACCAAGCUUCCCCUGCUGUCGCUGGACCAAAGCUUCAAACUGCUAUCUCUGGUGCAUCUUUGCGGUUUCCACCUCCACCGCCCACAGCUCGACGGGCGAGAUGGAAUCGCCACAAUUCUCACUUUUCCAGGAUGUCAGUGCUGAUGAUGGUGAAGCCGGCAAUCCAAUUCAUACAGGGAACGGAUGAGCAAACAAUACCAGAUGUGAGGCUCACCCAAUCAAGGGACGGUACGAAUGGGGUUGCCAUCUUUUCCUUCGAGCAGCCCUCUGUUUUCGACUCCUCCAGCGAGCUGGGAGACAUCACCGGCUUCUAUAUGAUCGAUGAGGAAGGCGUGCUGCAGUCUGUGGACGUGAGUGCCAAGUUUGUGAAUGGGAAGCCUGCGAGAAUCGAAGCCAAAUACGUGAUGAGGACUCCGAGGGAUUGGGACAGGUUCAUGAGGUUCAUGGAGAGGUACUCUCAGGCAAAUGGCUUGCAGUUUGUCAAAAACAAGUAAUUGUAACCCCAAUGUCGAUUGCCUUCUCCUCGGAGGCAUUGCAAUAUGUCGUUUGUGUUCUCCGUUGCAGAUUUUUCAUAGAGCAUUUGGAUGAUCCAACAAAUUAAAUUGUCUUUCCACAAACCAAAUAGCUUGUUGACUUAAAUCUAAUCGAUUCAUAGACCAUAGUCUUGGUCAAAGAAUAUCCAAAGAGUGAAAUAGUAGGGCCAGAACUCGCUAACGUAAUUCUAUUUGUAAAGAUAUUUCUGAUUGAAAUGGGUACUAUGAUUGACUGAA